AUGCCGUCGAAACGACGCAUCCGCAACGUCUUUGAAGACGAUGAUGAGGAUCCAUCUUGCAACAACGCCCCUACUGGCGGCACACCACCGAAAAAGCCUCGUUUUGAAUCCCGCCCGACUGCGAUACAUCGGGCUGCUAUCGCUCCUCCACCAGUAGCACAGAAUGCAGGAUCAGGAGGAGAUAAGAGUAUCCAAGCUCAGGUGGCGGUAGCUAAAGCAAGAGCUCAGGCGUUGAUGAGUGCGAUGCAGAACAGCAACGCCGCGGCUGCACCGGCUCUGUCGUCAUCCAUGCCGGCCAGACCAGCAGCGCGGAGGGAUUUUGUUCCCGUGAACGCGGAUAGUAAUGGCGCUCCGACAGUAGGACAAGCAAGUAGUGCUACAGCAAGAUCGGUAGCUGGAUCUGGAUCUGGAUCUGGAUCAGGAGCAGGAGCAACUAGUAUCCAAGCACAACUAGAAGCAGCUCGUGCAAAAGUUCAGGCUCAAAUGGCUGCUUUACAAGCCAGAAACAAGUCUGCUUCCACCUCCACUGCAACUUCCACCUCCACUGCAACAACACCCUCAGCCUCCUUGUCCAAGGCACCAACAGCAAUCCAUCCCCUGCUUUUAUCUAAUUCGCUUGCCGCCCCCUCCACUUCCACCGCCGCAUCCAGCAGCAGCAGCACCUCCUCAUCCUAUGUCAAAUCCCGUUGGAUCGCCCCGGAACUGAACCCUUACCUCCAAGCCUCACGUCAAGCAGCCUCUGAACUCUCCAGGACCGCUUCCACCUCGGCACCCAAACAACGCUCCCUCCACAAAGCAUUCCAAUUCCACAAACCAGGCCGACACAUUCGAGAAGCAGAAGAGCUCCGGCACGAACAACAACUCAAAGAGAUCAAACGUCGAAUUGAAGAAUCUGCUCGUAAGGCUGCUGCUGCAGAAGGCAUCGAAGCAGGAGACGAGAAGCGGUUGCUGCGUGGUCAACCACCAGAUAUUGAAUGGUGGGAUGUAAAUCUUGUUGCUUCUCGCUCCUAUUCUCCUAUUCCCAUUGAAAAAAGUAUCGAGGAUAUGCUGGAGGAUGCCAAAGUAGAAGGGAAUGGGAUGCUACUCUGGGGCAAAGGUUCUCCGAUCGAUCACUACGUUCAGCAUCCAAUCCCCAUCGCAGCACCAUCGGACAAAUUCGAGGUGAAACCAAAAGGACUCAUCCUAACCAAAAAAGAACAGCGUAAACUACGACGUCAACGUCGAGCUGCAGAACAGUCUGACAAACGAGAUCGAAUCAAAAUGGGUCUCGUUCCGCAAGACCCGCCUAAGGUUAAGCUAUCUAACCUUAUGCGGGUCUUGACUUCCGAAGCCGUGUCCGAUCCAACCAAAGUCGAAGCGCGGGUGAGGAGGGAGAUAGCAGCGCGUAAAGAAGCGCACGAACGACAGAAUGCAGAAAAGAAACUAACCGACGAAGAACGGAGAGAAAAGAUAGAGAGAAGCAAGGAGAAAGAACAACAAAAGGGACUCUAUUGCGCCGUGUUUAAGAUCAAGCAUUUGGUUUCGGGGAGACACAAGUUUAAGGUCAGCAGGAACGCUCAGGAUCAUGGCAUGACAGGCGUUUGUGUUUUUGCAAGGGAUAUGGCGGUUGUCGUGGUGGAGGGCAGCGGCAAGGCGAUCAAGGCGUAUAAAAGGUUGAUGUGUGUUAGGAUUGAUUGGAGCGAUCCUGGUGAGCCUCUCAAGGAUGGCUCAGGGGACGAGGAUGCGGGGGAUGAGGCUAAGGGUGCUGGUGGGCAAGAUGGCCGCAAUUCGAACAAUACUCCAUUAGGCGGCGCACAGGCAGGGUUUAGAAGCCUAUCCACAAGCCAAGAGAAGAUCGAUUGGAGUAGCAACUUUUGCCAACUCAUCUUUGAAGGCCCCAUCCGGGAGAGAGUUUGGCAAGCAAGAGGCUUUCGAGCUGUCUCAGCCCCUACCGACGAAAAGGCACGUGAGCUUCUAGGUCAUGCUGGUAUGCAAGGCUACUGGGAUCUAGCUCGACGUGUUGGCAAUGAAAGCCAAGAUAGGCUCUAA